AUGUCGUCGUGCCUCGCGCCGCAGUUCAAGUGGCCCCCUUCCACCCGAGCGGCGGUGCCGAGGGAGCCCGGCGCCGGCGGCUGCGCGGCAGGCGGGAGCUGCCGGCCAGGGAGGGUCCAGUGCGCGCUGUCCUCCGCGGCCGUCGUCGAGGCGGAGCGCAUGGAGUCCUUAGCCGCCGGAGCGAGGCGCCUGGCCUACGGCGGAGCCGUCGACGUCGGGCCUCCUCCCUCUUCGGAUAGCACCAGCCUCCCGGGGGGCUUCGGGGAGGCGCUUCUCAACCAAGAGGCCGUGGUGACGGCCGCGGCCGCGGAGGCCGUGGCUUUAGCGCGAACAGCCGCGGAGGUCGCCCGAGAAGUUGCCCGGAUGGUGCAAACGGACCACCGUCCAGACGUCGGCGACAGCCAUGACCUGGUGGAGGACAGCUACUUAACAAGAGAGGUCCUUCGCACCGAGGUGCGGCCGGGGUCUCGGUAUGCCGAAGCCCGCUUGCUGGACGACGCGGGGUUCGUCAGCAUCUUCAGCGACGAAUCCGAGUCGGACGACGACGAGCAGGGCGCCCGGGGCGUGGCUGUCAAGUCGGCACGUCAGCCCGAGAGAAGAGCUCGGAGAGUGAGGGCGGCGAUGAAGGCUGCCAAAUCUUUCAGUGAUCGGAGGCCCGUCACGGCCUCCUCGAGGAAGAAGAGGGUCAAGGGUUGCCGGAAUUCUCUGGGCUGCUUUUACAAGAUGUCCGGACGGAAGCUUCUGACAGCGAAGCAAGAAGUUGAGUUAUCAGAGGGCAUUCAGGAUCUCCUGAAGUUGGAGGCUACCCAAAAGGAGGUUGCACACUACAACGGCGGUGAACCAACCUUCGGUCAGUGGGCAGCAGCAGUUGGCACUGAUGAGAACACUUUGAGGAAACGUCUCAGCUAUGGAAUUUACUGCAAGAACAUGAUGGUCAAAUCUAACGUGCGACUUGUAAUCUCAAUUGCCAAAGAGUUUGAAGGCCCUGGGACAGAGUUUUCCGAUCUUAUCCAGGAAGGGAUUCAGGGCCUUAUAAGGGGCGCUGAAAAGUUUGAUGCCUCAAAGGGUUUUAGGUUCUCUACGUAUUCUCACUGGUGGAUCAAGCAAGCAAUACGCAAGUCGGUUCUAGAACAAACCCAAAUAAUUCGCUUGCCAGCGCACAUGGCGGAAGCAAGUUCCCGAGUGAAAGAAUGCCGGCGACGACUCCGCCGGCAGCUGAAUAGGCUACCGACAAAUGAAGAAAUCGCGUUGGACACCGGCAUGACAGCCAGACGGGUGGAAGCAGCAAUGUGCCUCCCAAGGUACAGCGUAUCCCUCACUGGCAAAGUCGGGUGCACGGACGUGACAUACCAGGAGAUCACGGCGGACAAGAGCACGGAGACGGCGGAGGAGACGCUGCACAGAUUGUUCAUGAAGAAAGACGUGGACAAGGCGCUGGACAGCCUGACCCCUCGGGAGAGGGAGGUGAUCAGGUACAGGUUCGGGAUGGACGACGGCAAAGCGAGGACCCUGCACGACAUCGGGCAGCUGAUGGGGGUGAGCAGGGAGAGGAUCCGGCAGAUCGAGAUGACCGCCUUCCGCAAGCUCAGGAGCAAGAAGAAGGUGACGUCGCUACAGCACUACCUUGAGCCAGCAGAGAGCUGGUAG